AUGGCUGUGGGAACGGCUUCGUUGCAUGACCGCCUCGAAAGGUGGUCACAGCGCUUAAAUAACCUGACUGUCUCACCAUUGACCAGAGACUACCCCGACACACAAAAGCAAGAUGGCAAACGCACUAUUGAGGCCUUUGAGUCUGUCAAGCUUCCCAAGGACACUCAAUUGGCUGUGAAGAAGCUCUCUGCAUCUUCCUCGUCAGAUUUCACCGUUUUCCUGACUGCCUUUGUGGUCCUGGUUGCUCGUUUGACAGGUGACGAGGACAUCGCUGUGGGUACCAGCGUCGGUGACGAUGGCCGUCCAUUUGUCCUCCGGGUGCCCAUUAGCGCCUCGGAGACCUUUACUCAGCUGUAUGCCAAAGUGGACAAGGCCUUCCAAGAAGGUGCCUCCGAUAUUGUCCCCCUCGGUAGCCUUCGGUCCUACAUCCAGGACAAGUCUAAGACCGAACAACCCCCUACCCUUUUCCGAUUCGCUGCCUAUGAUGCCCCAGCCGCCUCUCAGGAAUACCCCGCCAACACUUUUGAUAGCACUGACCUGGUAAUUAACGUUGCACCGGGCAGCUCAGAGGUUGAGCUUGGUGCCUACUACAACCAGCGUCUCUUUUCCAGUGCGCGCAUUGCUACCAUUCUCAAGCAGCUCGCACAAAUUACUAUCAACGCGGCUGCAAACCCGGAAGAGGCUAUUGGCCGAGUAGACAUGAUGACCGAGGACCAGCUUGCUCUUCUGCCCGACCCGACCAAGGAUCUCAACUGGUCUAAGUUCCGUGGUGCUAUUCACGAUAUCUUCUCUGCCAAUGCAGAGAAGCACCCGGAGAAGAUCUGUGUGGUGGAAACCAAGUCAAACAACUCUCCCCACAGAGAGUUUACUUAUAAACAGAUUAACGAGGCUUCCAACAUCCUCGGACAUCAUCUUGUGCAAUCUGGUAUUCAGCGAGGUGAAGUCGUUAUGGUGUAUGCCUACCGCGGUGUAGACUUGGUUGUUGCUGUCAUGGGUGUCUUGAAGGCAGGUGCCACAUUCUCUGUCAUCGAUCCCGCAUACCCCCCCGAGCGUCAAAAUAUUUACCUGGAUGUUGCUCGCCCCCGUGCCCUGGUCAGCAUUGCCAAGGCCUCUCGGGAUGCUGGUGAGCUUUCGGAUAUCGUCCGUUCUUUCAUCACCGAGAACCUCGAGCUCCGCACUGAGGUGCCUGCCCUUGCCCUUGAGGAUGAUGGAACCCUUGUUGGUGGUACCGUCAAUGGUCAGGACAUCUUCGCAAACCAGGUUGAGCUGAAGUCUCGCAAUGUUGGUGUUGUGGUGGGCCCUGAUUCGACCCCGACCCUGUCUUUCACAUCUGGCUCGGAGGGCCGCCCUAAGGGUGUCCGUGGACGGCAUUUCUCUCUUGCCUAUUAUUUCCCCUGGAUGUCCGAAACCUUCAAGCUCACCCCCAACGACAAGUUCACCAUGCUGAGUGGUAUUGCGCACGACCCCAUUCAGAGAGAUAUCUUCACACCCUUGUUCUUGGGUGCUGAGCUAUUGGUCCCAGCCAGGGAGGAUAUCCAGAACGAGAAGCUUGCCGAGUGGAUGCAGAAGUACGGUGCCACUGUUACUCACCUGACUCCUGCUAUGGGUCAGAUUCUGGUCGGUGGUGCCUCGGCGCAGUUCCCUGCUCUUCACCAUGCCUUCUUCGUUGGCGAUGUUUUGAUCAAGCGUGACUGCCGUUCGCUCCAAGGCCUGGCUCCUAACUGCUUCAUUACAAACAUGUACGGUACCACCGAGACUCAGCGUGCUGUGAGUUACUUUGAAAUUCCCAGUUACUCGAGUCAGGAAGGUUACCUUGACACUAUGAAGGACGUGAUUCCAGCUGGCCGUGGUAUGCUGGACGUCCAGAUGCUCGUUGUUAACCGCUUUGACCCUACUCGUAUCUGCGCUAUCGGUGAAGUUGGUGAGAUCUACGUGCGUGCUGCUGGUCUCGCCGAAGGCUACUUGGGCUCUCCCGAGUUGAACACCAAGAAGUUCUUGACCAACUGGUUCGUGAAGCCUGAGGUCUGGACUGAGAAGGAUAAGGCUCAGUCACAGGAAUCUAAGGAGCCGUGGAGAGAGUUUUAUGUUGGCCCGAGAGAUCGCUUAUACCGCAGCGGUGACCUUGGACGAUACACUCCUACUGGUGAUGUCGAGUGCUCGGGUCGCGCUGAUGACCAAGUCAAGAUUCGUGGAUUCCGUAUCGAGCUGGGUGAAAUUGAUACUCACCUGUCUCGGCACCCACUGGUCCGAGAGAAUGUCACCCUGGUCCGGCGUGACAAAUUCGAGGAGCCAACUCUUGUCAGCUACUUCGUUCCUGAUAUGAGCAAGUGGGCUCAGUGGCUGGAGAGCAAGGGAAUCCAAGAAGAUGAUUCUGCUGAGGGUAUGGUUGGUAUGCUCCGACGCUUCCGUCCUCUGCGCGAUGAUGCUCGCGACCAUCUCCGCAGCAAGCUUCCCACCUACGCUGUGCCUGCUGUUAUCAUUCCUCUUAAGCGUAUGCCGCUGAACCCCAACGGCAAGAUUGACAAGCCAGCUCUGCCUUUCCCUGACACCGCAGAGCUUAGUGCUGCCGCCCCUCGCCGGCGCUCGUCUGCAAUCCAAGCACUGUCCGAGACUGAGCAAACCCUUGCCCAGAUCUGGGCUAAGCUCAUCCCCAACGUGACCUCCCGUAUGAUUAGCCCAGAUGACUCGUUUUUCGAUCUUGGUGGUCACAGUAUUCUUGCACAGCAGAUGUUCUUCGAUCUGCGACGCAAGUGGCGUGGUAUUGACAUUAGCAUGAACGCCAUCUUCCGUAGUCCUACCUUGAAGGGCUUUGCCGGUGAGAUUGAUCGUCUACUUGACCGAGAGGCCUUUGCUACCAGCGACGACCCUGCUAAGGGUGACGCGGAAGCUCACAAUGCGCCCGAUGAUGAAUACUCUAAGGAUGCUCGGAAGUUGGUGAGUGAGCUCCCCGACAAAUUCCCCGUGCGGACGGAGCCUAUGCUCGACAGCGAGCCUACAGUCUUCCUUACCGGAGCCACUGGCUUCCUGGGUGCUCAUAUUCUCCGUGAUCUUCUCACUCGCAAGUCUCCCUCUACCAAGGUUGUCGCCUUGGUCCGUGCCAAGAGCGAGGAGCAGGCUCUUGAGCGUCUCCGAUCCACUUGCGCUGCUUAUGGCUUCUGGGAUGAAUCAUGGGCCACGGACAACAAGCUUCAAGCAAUCUGUGGUGACCUUGGCAACCCGCAAUUCGGUCUCUCGCAGGCAUUGUGGGAUGACCUCACCAACCGUGUCGAUGCUGUAAUCCACAACGGUGCUCUUGUCCAUUGGGUCUACCCCUAUGCGACUCUCAAGCCCGCCAAUGUGAUGGGUACCAUUGAUGCUCUUAAGCUGUGUGGUACAGGUAAGGCCAAGCAAUUUGCCUUUGUCAGCUCCACUAGCGCUCUUGAUAAGGAUCACUACGUCCAAGAAUCCGAGCGUAGCCUUGCGGCCGGUGGUGAUGGUGUCAGCGAAGAAGAUGAUCUCGAGGGCAGCGCAGUUGGUCUCGGCACUGGUUAUGGCCAAAGCAAAUGGGCCGGUGAGUACCUCGUCCGCGAGGCUGGUCGCCGUGGAUUGAAGGGAACGAUCAUUCGAUCUGGAUACGUGCUGGGUGAUUCUACCACCGGUACGACCAACACUGACGACUUCCUGAUUCGCAUGAUGAAGGGUUGCAUUCAGUUGUCUGCUCGUCCUAAUAUCAACAACACUGUCAACAUGGUUCCGGUAGACCAUGUGGCUCGCAUUGUCAUUGCCACUGCCUUCCAUCCUCCUCGCACUCCUAUCGGUGUGGCCCACGUCACCGGUCACCCCCGUCUACGUUUCAACCAGUUCCUUGGCGCUCUCGAACUCUAUGGCUACAACGUCCCUCAGAUUGACUACGUUCCGUGGGCUCUGGCCUUGGAGCAAUACGUCAAUGACGGUCAGCACGACGACAAGGACUCUCAACAUGCUCUCAUGCCACUCUACCACUUUGUCACUUCAGACCUUCCUGCCAACACUAAGGCUCCCGAGCUAUCCGACACCAAUGCCGCUGCGGCUCUCAAGGCUGACGCCGCGUGGUCAGGGGUUGAUGUGUCUGCUGGUGCCGGUGUUACCGAAGAGUUAGUUGGUCUAUACGCUUCUUAUCUCGUGCAAACCGGAUUCCUUCCUGCUCCGACUGUUGCUGGAGCCCGUCCUCUUCCGCUUGCCCGUAUUACCGAGGAGCAGAAGAAGACUUUGUUGAGUGUUGGUGGCCGUGGUGGUGCGGCUUAA